AUGUCGGGGUCCAAGAACUGUUCCAUCCUACAGGCGCACAUAGUAAAUACCACGAGUAAAUACACGUAUAAUGGCAUGUCCCACCUGCCAGGCUCUCGUAGUGGCAUGUCCCACCUGCCAGGCUCUCGUAGUGGCAUGUCCCACCGGCCAGGCUCUCGUAGUGGCAUGUCCCACCUGCCAGGCUCUCGUAGUGGCAUGUCCCACCUGCCAGGCUCUCGUAGUGGCACGUCCCACCGGCCAGGCUCUCGUAGUGGCAUGUCCCACCUGCCAGGCUCUCGUAGUGGCAUGUCCCACCUGCCAGGCUCUCGUAGUGGCAUGUCCCACCGGCCAGGCUCUCGUAGUGGCAUGUCCCACCUGCCAGGCUCUCGUAGUGGCAUGUCCCACCUGCCAGGCUCUCGUAGUGGCAUGUCCCACCGGCCAGACUCUCGUAGUGGCAUGUCCCACCUGCCAGGCUCUCGUAGUGGCAUGUCCCACCGGCCAGACUCUCGUAGUGGCAUGUCCCACCUGCCAGGCUCUCGUAGUGGCAUGUCCCACCGGCCAGACUCUCGUAGUGGCAUGUCCCACCUGCCAGGCUCUCGUAGUGGCAUGUCCCACCUGCCAGGCUCUCGUAGUGGCAUGUCCCACCUGCCAGGCUCUCGUAGUGGCAUGUCCCACCGGCCAGACUCUCGUAGUGGCAUGUCCCACCUGCCAGGCUCUCGUAGUGGCAUGUCCCACCGGCCAGGCUCUCGUAGUGGCAUGUCCCACCGGCCAGACUCUCGUAGUGGCAUGUCCCACCGGCCAGACUCUCGUAGUGGCAUGUCCCACCAGUUGUGCUGGUUUUAUACGGGGAAAAUAAUACUUGCUUUGCAUAUGCUUUUAAGUGUGCAGAUACAGUUCAUUGCAAAAAAUGGUGGUGAUCCUUUGAUCAUUAUCAGAAACCCACAUCAAACGCAUAUUAUCGGCGGCCUACGGAAGGUUGGGCUUCAGGAGCCUGAACAGUGUCGUUCAGGACCUGAUCUCAUCGAAAUUGUUAAAAUACUUAAUAAUUGCAACCUGGAACUGGAGGCAUAA